GCCUGGCCUGGUCAGUGAUGCCCACACCCCAUGAAUGGAUAAAAAAAACAACAAAUGCUGGCCUAGCCAGUGAUGCCCACAUCCCAUGAAAGAAUAUUUAAAAAAAAUUAUGCUACAUUUGCAUAAGGCUCUGCUUAGACUGCAUCUGGAGUACUGCCUUCGGUUCUGGGCACUGCAUCUCAGCAAGUAUUUUUUGCUUUGGAGGGGCUAUGGUGUAGUUUCACCAGAUUGAUUCUUGGGCUAAAAGGCUUCAGUAAUGAGGACAGGUUGACUUGAGUAGCUUGUAUUCCCUUGAGUAUGGAAGAUUAAGGGGCAAUGUAAUUGAGUAUUUAAGAUAAUUAUAGGGUUUGAAAGGGUAGAUAGAGAACAACUAUUUCCUUGUUGGAGAGUCCAGAACAAGGGAGCAUAACCUUAAAAUUAGAGCUCUGCUGUUCAGUGAUGAUGUCAGGAAGCAUUUUCUCACACAUUGCAUAGUAGAAACAUGGAACUCUUUCCACCAAAAAGCUGAUGAUGGUGGGGGCCAACUGAAAAUUUAAAAGCUGUGAUUUAUUAAAUGAUUGUUAGGUAAGGAUAUUAAGAGGUGGAUUCGAUCUUGGCUUUCAAAAAGGAAUUGGAUAAUUAUCUGAGGAGAAGAAUUUUCCAGGGAUAUGGGGAAAAGGCAGAGGAGUAGACUAGCUGCAUAGAUCUUACAGAGAAUGGAAAGGAUGCACCUAUGGCCUCCUUCUAGUAACCAAGGUGACUAAAUGGAGUUAAGAUACAGAUCAGCCAAAAUCUAAUUGUAUGGCAGAACAAAUUUGAGAAUCUAAAUCCUGUUAUGAGAAUGGUCCUGGCGAUGAGACACUUCAGUUAUGUGGAAAGAUCGGCAAAGCAGGUGUUGUUCUCCUUAGUGCUGAGAAGGUUGAGAGGAGAUUUGAUAGUGGUGUUCAAAAUCAUGACGGGUCUGGACAGAGUAAAUUGGGAGAAACUGUUCCCAUUGGUGGAAGGUUGGAGAUCUAGAGGACACUGAUUUAAGGCAAUUGGCAAAAGAACCAAAGAUGACACAAGCAAAAGCCUUUUUAUGCAGUGAGUGGUUAGGAUGUGGAAUGCACCUCCUGAGAGUAGGAGGUGGAUUCAAUCUUGACUUUGAAAAGGGAAUUGGAUAAUUAUCUGAGGAGGAGAAUUUUCCAGGGUUAUGUGGAAAAGGCAGGGGAGUAGACUAGCUGAGUAGAUCUUUCAGAGAAUGGACAGGAUGGGCUAAUGGCCUCCUUCUGAGUUGUAAGCAUUCUAUGAUUCUAUGCCCAGAGACUAGUUAGAAUGUGGAACUUGUUACUGCAAGGAAUUGAAGUGACUAGCAUAAACACAAGAGGUUUAAAGAAAUAAAUAAGUUGAUGUUGUUGGGUGAAGUUUCAUGUGGAGCAUCAACACUGCCAGUAGAUUAAGGGGGCUUAUUAGCCUUUUUUCCGUCGUUUACAUCGUGUGUAUGGAUUAAGCGGAACAAAGACGCAAUUAUUAGGAUAAUUACGGUAUUUUCCCUUGUGCGCCUCUAAUAGAAGGAGAGCGGUAAGAGGUUGGCGUUCCGCAUGGAGAUCUCGCGAGAUGUGGGAGGAGGGGUGAGUCGGCGAGGAGGGAGAUCCAAGCAGAGAACGGCAGGUGGCCGGGGAAGGGGCAUAGACGGCAGGUAAAUAAUACAGGCCUUGGCCUUAGCCGGUACUUGCGGCCACAGGAUGAGAUCAGAAGGGAUCUUUUUGGACGGAUGCCAGUGGCGGGUCUGAGUUGCAAGGCAGAAGACAGAAUGGAUGAUCUAGGAGAGAAUACCACUGUCUUUUCUACCUUACGUUCCUUCAACAACUUUUUGUCAGAAAGCUCGGCUGCAAUACCCAGGACAAGCCAGCCAAGCUCUACCUCAAGAAUGUUGCAGUUGCAGUAUGAGCAGAGAAUCCAGGCCGAAGAGCAGGCUGAGUAUGUUCGUUCCCAUUCACGCAUUCUAGAGGUGGAACGGGAGAAACAGAAGAUGGAGGUCAGCCAUAAACGGGCCAGGAUUGAGCUGGAGAAGGCAGCACAAACUAGUUCCUGGAACUAUGAGCGAGAGGCAGAUCGGAAUCAGGAGCUAAUAACCCAAGUGAAACAAAUGCAGGAGAAGGAGGCAGAGGUUCUGGCAAAACUGAAAGAUCAAAUUGAUGUGAAUAAGUCAUUGAAAGAGGACCUUGGGCUCCAGAGCAAGAAGCUUCGAGAGAAUGAAGAAAAGCUUGCUGAAGCCAAUCAAACAAUUGAUGCCCUGAAGGCCAAAAUGUCAGAGCAGCAGCGGAAACAGAUGACUCAAGAGAUGCAGCUGACAACGUUGAGCACAGAGCGUCAGGAGUUACUCGAGCAAGUGGACGUACAACACAAGAAGUGGCAGGAGGCUGUGCAAAAGAUUCAGAUGCUGGAAGCAGCUCAAGUGGUUAGUGCUGAGAAUGAGCAGAGAUUGAAGGAAUUAGAGAAUAAAAUAACUCAGCAGGAGCAGGACUCUGUGAUAGUGAAGAACAUGCGGUCAGAUCUGGCUCGAAUCCCUGAGCUGGAGAAAGAACUCCGACAGCUGAAGGAGAAAAAUGCCUAUUGCAAGGAGAUGGAAGAUAACAAUUCACUGCUGAAGGAAGAAAUGGAAAGUCUUCGCAAAAAGCUUGAACGUCUUGAGAAAUUAAAGGAAGAGAAGGUUACUCUGGAACUGGAGAAAGAGAAAUUGCUGGCAAAGUUACAAAGUUGGGAGAAUGUGGAGCAAACUUCGGGACUAAACAUUCGGAGCCCUGAAGAUCUGUCACGAGAGAUUGUUCUGUUACAACAACGUGAACUUGCCCUCAAGCAGCAGAACUCUUCAGUCACUAUGAGUGCUCGAAUGUUGGAAAAAACUCGACAGCAGCUUCAGGAUGAUGUUUUGAACUUGCGGACCCAGCUUCUCUCUGAACAGAAGAAACGGGAGCAACAGGAAGCAAAUGCCCGACGCAUGGAGAAACGCAGUAUUCUACUUAUCAAGGCUCGUGAUGGGAUGAAAGGCAUUUUGGAUUCUUACGACAAUGAAUUGGCCACCAGUUAUUCACCACAGCUGAACCGAAGGGUACGUGAAGCGGAGGAUAUGGCUCAGGAACUACAUGCCCAUAUUUCUGAGCUGGAGCAUCAGCUGUCGCAGGCCUUGGAGGAUGUUGGCAACCACAAGCUAAAGGCGCAGACGCUUGAAGCAGAAUUGAGUGUUCUUCAGAGCCAGGUUGCUUUAACUGACCGGAGCAUCACCAUUGAAGAGGGGAAUAUACUGAGGCAGAAGAUUGAAGAGCUGGAGGCUGAGAGAAGUCGUCUUGAUCAAGCGAACAAGGUCUUGGAAAUGAAACUGGAGCGAUACACCCUUCAGGGUGAUUAUGAUCCCACCAAAACAAAGGUGCUUCAUUUGAGUAUGAACCCUUGGAGCCUGGCAAAAGGGCAUCGCAUCGCAGAGGAGAAGAGUCUAAAAGAAGAAUGCGAACAUCUCCGAGAACGGGUGCGGAUUCUGGAAGGAGGAGCAGUCCCUGAACAAGUGGGGGCACGAACCAAUCUACCACCAUCUCAGGAAGUUGCAGAGAUGCGCAAACAAGUGAACAGUGCAGAGUUGAAGAAUCAACGAUUGAAGGAAGUAUUCCAGAAGAAGAUUCAGGAAUUCCGAGCUGUCUGCUACACCCUGACAGGUUACAAGAUAGACGUCACUACAGAGAACCAAUACAGGCUGUCAUCAAUGUAUGCGGAACACCAGGAUGACUACCUAAUGUUCAAGGCCGCCAACAGCCUGGGAGCAAAGAUGCAGCUCCUGGAGACAGAUUUCUCCAGAUCCCUCACUGAGUUGAUCAACCUUCACCUGCACCAUCAGAACAGCAUCCCAGCAUUCCUCAGUGCCAUCACCCUUGACCUCUUUAGUCGCCAGACAUGUGCCUAGCGGAACUGGAAAGCAGCUUGAUUUUUUACGAUUGAAGACAAUCGUUUUGAGUUUAUUAUUACGCUGCAAGAAAGUUUGCUUUAGGAUAGUGUCAAUUAGACACCAAUUCCGCACUUAGUUAGAUUUGCAGUGGGGGGUUUGCUUAAUAUGUUUUCUAAGCAGUUAUUUUUGCUUUAGUUGUAAUUUUAAUUAAUGUGUUUCCCUUCAUUCAUCAUCUGGCAGCUGGAAAGGGGAGUGAGCAGAGCAUGAACUCCACAGAUGCUGAUACCAUUGCUGCCUUGAGGGGUCUCCUUUUCAUGCAGGGAGCUAGACAGAUGCCUGUUUUUCAGAUGGAAGGACUUCAGAGUAGGACAUGAUUAAGAAAUGAUGAAACUCCUCUCACCAGUUGUCACAGAAUGCAAGCAUUUAACUGCUAUGCUGCAAAGCUAUCAUGCUGUAUUUGGUAAAAUUUCCUACACAAAUCAGGGCACCCUAUUGCGGGUAUAACUCCUCCAGCACAAAGCAUCCAUCAAGAUAUACUUGGUGCAACCCCUCAUAUAAGGACACAAGCCUACUUCUACUCAAUGUUCUUUGCCGCAUAACAAGGCAAAGAUACCCUGGGCUGAAAUUUAUGCAGCCCAUCACACGGGAGCCAUGGCAGCUGGGCCGACUUAACCAUGAGAGAGGUCCCGCUUCAGUCUCUGGUGGCAGGAAAACCUUUCUUGAUUAAGUAGGAGGGCAAAAGGGACUGACACGGGAUUCCUGGCCCCUGCAGGAUGUCAAUCAUUAUUCCUGAGCCCAUCGCAAUUUAAUGGUGAUUCAGGAAAUAAAUGUAGGCUACACAGGUCUCCUGCGCCCUCAGAGGGCCGCCCAACAAAUCCUGUCCCCGUCACUCACUUUGGUCUGGGGUCCCUCUGCAAUCCUGGGCCUCGGGUAUGUACAGUGCUGCCAGCAGCCACCACUCCUGCUGGUGCUGGCAUGAGGAGCUGCUGGCCUCUGAUUAGCAGUCAGCUCUCAGGAGGGACUUCUGCCAGGGAUGUCAAUCACAGGGAAGGCUUGCCUGCAGCCAUUUAUGUGCCUGAAGGGCAUUUGAUUCCAUUGGGCCUCCCCUAUGGAACUGACAGGGUUCCCCAAGGUUGUCCAAUUCAUGGGUGUGACCCUCGUCAGACCAACAAAAUCCCAGCUCCUGUUGCAUUUGAUAACGGCCAUAUAAGAUACCACCAGGGUGUAGAGUAAUCAUGGGUGGAGAGAGUAUUGUCAGAGCCUUUUCUGAAUUGUGGUUGAUUUAGAAAUCCAAGUUAAUAAUUCAGAGUGACAGUAAACCUUGGUGAUUUUAUUAACUUUGAGUGUUUAAUUUUAAGAAACAACAUUUAAUUGCUAUUGAAAGAUUUUCAUUAAAAUUCUACUUUCUCCCCA